AUGUCUUCGGAGAGCUAUAACAGCGAUUCGGACGCCUCUUUGGAGACAAAGCCGUCGAAAAGCAAAACAAAGAAGAAGUUAUCGGUUGAGAGGAUAUACCAGAAGAAGACACAAUUAGAGCACAUUCUGCUGCGACCGGACACUUACAUCGGGUCCGUCGAGAAGGAGACCAAACAAAUGUGGGUCUUUGACGACGAGAUGGGGAUGCAGUUGAGGGACAUCUCAUACGUUCCCGGGAUCUACAAGAUCUUCGACGAGGUGUUGGUCAACGCCGCCGACAACAAGCAAAGGGAUAAAUCCAUGUCUUGUAUUCGCAUUGAUAUCGAUCCAGACAAGAAUGAGAUAACGAUCUUCAAUAACGGCAAAGGGAUUCCAGUGAUCGAGCACAAGGACGAGAAGAUGUUUGUGCCGACACUGAUCUUCGGCCACCUCUUGACGUCCUCUAACUAUGACGACAACGAGAAGAAAGUGGUCGGCGGUCGCAACGGAUACGGCGCUAAGCUCUGCAAUAUCUUCAGCACGAGAUUCAAAGUGGAGACGAGUUGUAAGGAAUACAAGAAAGCCUUCUCUCAGGUGUGGACCGACAACAUGAAGAACACCAAAGAGCCGAAGAUCACGACCGCUUCGGGUGAGGACUUCACGCGAAUCACGUUCUCUCCCGACCUCUCGAAGUUCAAUAUGGAUUCACUGGACAAAGACAUCGUCGCUCUGUUCUCGCGCCGGGCGUACGACUGCGCCGGCAGUUCCAAAGGCGUCAAAGUGUUCCUCAACGGCAAACGGCUGGCCGUCAAUGGCUUCAAGGAUUACGUCGACCUCUUCAUCAAAGAUAAAGAAGACGAGAGCGGAAGCCCUCUGAAGAUGGCCUACGAGUUGGUGAACGAUCGCUGGGAGAUCGCCGCCACUGUCAGCGACAAAGGCUUUCAACAAAUCAGUUUCGUUAACAGUAUCGCCACCACAAGAGGUGGUAAACACAUUGACUACGUGUCCGAUCAGAUUGUGGCUAAAAUGGUGGACAUCAUUAAGAAGAAGAAUAAGGCGGGCGUUAACGUCAAGCCCUUCCAGAUUAAGAACCAUUUGUGGCUUUUUGUGAACUGUUUGAUCGAAAACCCAUCGUUUGAUUCACAGACUAAAGAGACGAUGACUUUGCAGGUGAAGAGUUUCGGCUCUAAAUGCGUUCCGAACGACAAGUUCUUCAAUGCCGUCAAUAAGAUAGGAGUCGUGGAGUCAGUGAUGUCUUGGGUUCGGUUUAAGGCUCAGACAGAGCUCUCGAAACAGUGCCACUCAAAGAAACUGUCGAAACUGAAAGGCAUUCCCAAACUGGAGGACGCGAACGACGCCGGAACUAAACACUCGAUCGAUUGCACGCUUAUCCUAACGGAAGGCGACUCCGCAAAGUCUUUAGUGGUGGCCGGACUGGGAGUGAUCGGUCGCGACAAAUACGGCGUCUUUCCGUUGAGGGGAAAGAUGCUUAACGUUAGGGAAGCGACACAUAAACAGAUUCUGGAGAACGCGGAGAUCAAUAAUUUGAUCAAAAUAUUAGGCCUUCAAUACAAGAAGCAAUAUUCAACGCCCGAUGACUUACGGACAUUGCGUUACGGAAAGCUCAUGAUUAUGACCGAUCAGGACCAGGACGGCUCACACAUCAAGGGUCUGCUCAUCAACUUUAUUCAUCACAAUUGGCCCAAACUCUUGGAACUGAACUUCUUGGAGGAGUUCAUCACUCCUAUCGUCAAAGUGUCCAAAGGAUCGGAAGUGAAGUCUUUCUAUAGUUUACCAGAAUUUGAAGAGUGGAAGAAAGAGAACAAUUGGAGCGCUUGGAAAGUCAAGUACUAUAAGGGUUUGGGUACUUCCACUUCAAAUGAGGCCAAAGAGUACUUCACGGAUAUGAGGAGACAUAGGAUCACAUUUAAAUAUACCGGCGCUGAUGACGAUCACGCAGUGAUGUUGGCGUUCAGUAAGAAAAUGGUUGAACAGAGAAAGGAUUGGCUGACAAACAGUAUGGAAGACCGCAAGAAGCGGAGAGAACUGGGUUUACCUGAAGUCUAUUUAUACGAAAGCAAUACCCGAAGCAUUUCGUACAAAGACUUUGUCAACAAAGAGCUCAUUCUCUUCAGUAAUAUGGAUAACGAGCGCUCCAUUCCUUCCCUUAUGGAUGGCCUUAAACCGGGUCAGAGGAAAGUGAUGUUCACGUGCUUUAAGCGCAAUGACAAACGGGAAGUAAAAGUGGCACAACUGGCCGGCAGUGUGGGUGAGCACAGCGCCUACCAUCACGGGGAGGUAUCACUCAUGUCCACAAUCAUCGGUUUGGCCCAGAAUUUCGUGGGCAGUAAUAACAUCAAUCUCUUGCAACCGAUCGGUCAGUUUGGAACUCGUCUCCAGGGAGGCAAAGACGCCGCCAGUCCUCGAUAUAUCUUCACAAUGUUGUCCCCAUUGGCGCGUAAGAUAUUCCCGGCACUGGACGACCCGCUCCUCAACAACCUAUACGACGACAAUCUUAAGAUAGAACCCGAAUAUUAUGUCCCAAUUCUGCCAAUGGUUUUGGUGAACGGGGCGGAGGGUAUCGGGACGGGUUGGAGCACUAAAAUCCCGAAUUAUAAUCCCAGAGAAAUUGUGGAGAAUUUGCGGCGAAUGAUUAGAGGGGAACCGCCCGAACAGAUGCAGCCCUGGUUUAAGGGCUUUCGUGGAUCUAUUAUCCAAAUCGAUACCCAGAGGUUUGUCAUGAAUGGAGAGGUGGGUCUCUUGGAUGGCAAGUCAUUCGAGAUCACAGAACUACCGGUCAGGACAUGGACUCAUGUGGGUGAGCACAGCGCCUACCAUCACGGGGAGGUAUCACUCAUGUCCACAAUCAUCGGUUUGGCCCAGAAUUUCGUGGGCAGUAAUAACAUCAAUCUCUUGCAACCGAUCGGUCAGUUCGGAACCCGUCUCCAGGGAGGCAAAGACGCCGCCAGUCCUCGAUAUAUCUUCACAAUGUUGUCCCCAUUGGCGCGUAAGAUAUUCCCGGCACUGGACGACCCGCUCCUCAACAACCUAUACGACGACAAUCUGAAGAUAGAACCCGAAUAUUAUGUCCCAAUUCUGCCAAUGGUUUUGGUGAACGGGGCGGAGGGUAUCGGCACGGGUUGGAGCACUAAAAUCCCGAAUUAUAAUCCCAGAGAAAUUGUGGAGAAUUUGCGGCGAAUGAUUAGAGGGGAACCGCCCGAACAGAUGCAACCCUGGUUUAAGGGCUUUCGCGGAUCUAUUAUCCAAAUCGAUACCCAGAGGUUUGUCAUGAAUGGAGAGGUGGGUCUCUUGGAUGGCAAGUCAUUCGAGAUCACAGAACUACCGGUCAGGACAUGGACUCAGUCUUAUAAAGAGUCCACUUUAGAGCUUCUACUUCACGGCAGCGAAAAGACGCCCUCUUUUAUCAAUGAAUACAAGGAAUAUCACACGGAAUCGAGCGUCAGAUUCGUUGUGGGCCUCUCAGAAGCUAAUCUUAAAAAGUCAAUGGAUUCUGGAAUUCAUAAGACAUUUAAAUUGCAGUCUUCGAUGUCGACCACAUCUAUGGUUCUCUUCGAUCACAACGGAUGUCUUAAACGAUAUGAUAAUCCAGAGGAGAUAAUCGAAGAAUAUUUUCCGGUGCGUCUCGAGUACUACGUCAAGAGGAAAGCCUACUAUGAGGGCAAACUCGAAGCUGAGGCACUGAAACUUGAAAAUCAGGCGAAGUUUAUACUCGAGAAGAAUGACGGGAAGAUUCGUAUGGAAAACGUACGCAAAAAGGAUUUCGUUCGGCAACUGAUUGAUCGACGCUAUGACUCGGAUCCAGUCAAGGGUUGGAUUCAGAAGAAUGGUCUCUUGAAUGCCGAGGAAUAUGACGGCGAUAAGAGUGGUGACGAAGAGUCUGACUUUGAGUCGUACGACAAGAGUUCUGACGCCCCGAAGAAGUAUAAGAAAUACGAUUUCGAUUACUUGUUUGAUAUGUCGAUGAGAAGUAUGUUAAGGGAAAGAGUGGACGAACUCCUGAAGCAAAGAGACACCAAAAAGAGAGAAUUAGAAGAUUUGAAGCGAAAGACGCCGGAAAUGCUUUGGGAGGACGACCUCAAGGCUUUCAUGCAAGAGUUGGACUCAUAUGAAGAGUUGGAACGACAGGCGGGUUCUAAACCUAUUAAGCUGUCGUCCAAAGGGACGACCAAUAAAUCCCGAAAUACCGGCAAAUCUUCUGGAAAACUAAGCAUUGAUUCGAAGCCAUCGGACUUUGCGGAGAGAAUUGAACCGAAGAUAGAUUUCGAGACUUACAAGAAGGCCGACAAAGCCGUCAAAAAGGCGAACGAAAAGAAGAGAAAGGGCGGCGAAAACACUCCCGAAAAGCGGGACAGCGAUAGCGAUGAUGACAUCGGACGACCGCUCUCUGAACGCAUCGGUGUUUCGCCGCAAAUCAUCGAUGAGAAGAGAGCGAAGACUAAACCCAGUGUUAAGUCUUCACUGAUAACCGAUUUGACGGAUGAGUUGAAUAAAGAGAAACUCAAACCUAAGAAAACCCCGAAAAAGAGUGAAACGACUCCUAAGAAGAAGAGCUCCACUAAAGGUAAUCAGAAGCGAAAGAAUCCGUGGUCUGACUCAGAGUCAGACGCAGACGCAGAGGAAGACUACGACUUCCACGAAGACACCGAUGACGACCAAAACGAAUACAUUCCGUCGAAUACGAGCACUCGAGUCGUUAGUAAACCUAAAAAAGUGGCGAAAGAAGAGCGAGUCGUUGAAAAAGACGACAUGAUUUCAGUGAAGAAGACUACUAAUGACGACAAUAGCGAUGACAUAAUCGCCAAAUCCAUUAAAGUAACCGAUUUUAAGCCUAAAGCGGUUUAUGAUAGCGAUGACGACCUCUUCACGGCUACGAAGACAGAGACCACUUCCAGCAAAAGGACGAGUGAAGAGCUCUUUGAUUCGAUUUUCACCAAAUCGAGUGAUAAUCAAAAUGGUGUUAAAGAGUCGAAGAAUGGUUUCAAAAACAAUGACAAUCACAGCGACGACGACAGCUCUGGAAGCGGUUUCCAAAGUAAACCAAAAAUGGAUACCAUUUUCGAGGAAAAGCCAAUAAAACCAACAAAAGCCUCGAAGAAGGCGUUUGACUCAGAUUCUGACCAUGAAUUUGAACCGGAAUUUGAACCGGAAUAUCAGCCAAAACCCAAAGCAAAGGCCACUAAAGCAAAACAAAAGACGUGGAAAUGA